AGAGUUAUCCAUCGUGAUGGUUGGGGAAAUUUCUUCAUCGAUCCGGGGGCGAGUGGCGAGACGGGGUUGUUGAUCAUUCAUUCUAUUGUUUGUUCACAUGCUACUACUUACUACUCAUUACUACUACUUUGCAUUAUGCUAUGCUAUACUACUAUACUGCAGAUAUAGACUGGAAAGAGAAAUAUUCAGUAAGAUGAUGUAUUCGUGUCUAUCGAGGUGCUUAGUAAAUCAUCAGGUGGCGGGUAUCAUGUCAGGUCGUGUAUAUGAGAUGAUGAAGAUGCUUGUGGCAGAAAGAGAUGAGGAAGAUGUCGUGUCAUCCGCUUAGUGGGCUGUCAACAGUCCUAAAGGGUGAUGAUGA